AUGGAAUUUGGACUUGAAUUAGUACCUUUAAUAUUCUUCGAUGAUACAGACUUAGAAACUCUAGAUUUGACUAAGAUUUCAGAAAAAUUAGAAAAAGACGAGAUAGUAACAGGUCAAACAAUCGAAUAUAAUAAAGAUACCAAACAAGAAACAUGGAAGCAAGUUUUAGUUCUUGGUAUUUCCCAAGAUUAUUCCACAUUUUAUGUUGAAUACAUGGAUAACGAUAUUAGGAAAUUUGUUUCUAGACUAAAUCUUAUUUUAGAAGGCGAAAAUAAGUCAUUAUUUUUCGAAAGACGUCAAAAAGCAAAAGAUUACAGAGAAUCCUUCAUGAGAUACGAAAGAUUUUACUUAUUUAUGGAUAAUUACUUGAAUCCAAACGAGUCUUAUUUGAAACCAAAAGAUUUCAAACUUCUUUUAUCGAAAAUUGACAAAAAAUAUUUACGAAAUUAUUUUGUUUUAUCAAAAGUUUAUAGAGAAGUAUGUAUGUUGGAUGUCAUCACGAUUUACAUGUCGGAUUACAAAAAUAAGAUCACAAAGGACAAGAAAUUAAUGUUAGAAUACGAAAAAAGAAAUUUUCCAAAAAUAUCUGAUUUUCCUGUCACUUUUGUAAGUUUUCCAAAAAUUUUUGAUGUUAAAAUUGAUAUUAAAAAAGAAAUGGAACUUAUUAGAUCAGUUGGCGACAUUAUCAAAGUAAAACAAAAAGCAAGAAGUUUUAUAACAGAAAAAUUCAUUGAAUUUGACGAUAAAAUUUCAGAUGUCAUUGAGUUUUGUAAGAAAAUACGAGAAAGUGUCAAAAACAACGUAAAUCAAAUCUUUAUUUCGAGAGUUUCCGAAGUUUUGCAAAUGAUAAAGAAACUCAAGAAUUUUGACAUGAAUUUGGCAAAAACCGUUGACAAAAUUAUAGUUAGAACAAUAUCAGAAGUAACAAACAACAUGAUCAACGAAUUCAAUGAUUUUCUAAACGAAAAAGUCACUCCUUUCAAGAAAGUUUUUACUGAUGAAUCAGAAAUGAAUUUGAAAAGUGAAAUGACCGAAUUAAAUCUGACAAUUGAAUAUAUUGUUAACUGCUGGGAAGAAGCCAAUGUUUAUACAAUCGGCAGCUUGUUUUUAAAGGAUAAUUUAAUAUUCAAACCUCAGAAAGAAAUUGUUGAAAAAAGUUUGGAAAAAAUCCGACUAUUUUUCGAAAAAUUCAUUGAUAAACCAAUUGAUUUUAUCAAUGAAAAAGUUACUGAAUUUGACGAGAAAUAUCGAUAUGCUUUCUAUUACGAGUUCUAUGAUACAAAUAGGAUUAUUGAUACAAUUGAUAUUGAUCAAAUUAUCUGUUUUCAUCAAUUAUCAUUUGAUUGUUUGCCGCCAACGAAUUAUUUGACAGAAAAAAUGAUAAAAAAUUUCAUUUACAUUAAAAAUGAAAUCAAAGAUUUGAUAAACGAAUUGAUCAGAACAAAGACUGUUUAUUACAUGCCGCUUUUAGUCAUUGAUUUCACUUAUUUAGCGAGAGAAAGUUUACAUAAUUUGGAAUACAUUCUCAAAAACAUUGAUUUCUUUUUGUUCAGACACUGUUUGUCUGCAAUUGAAUCUCAGUAUUCUCUGUUAGAAUUUACAAGGAAUUUGCUGAAAGUUGAACCAGUAGAUUUGUCAUCUUUUAUUGUUCUGAAAAAUGACAUGGACAAAGCCUUUUUGAUUUUAGAACAAAUUAAUAAUGAAGUUUCUAAUAUCGAAAAAAUAAUUGAAGAAUUACAAAAAUCUUUUUCACCUUUUUCGUUUAAAGCAUCAAGAUUUUUGUUUAAUUUCGGGUUUAUGCUGUCGAAAUUCACAAAAACUUUGCCAUUGAGACAAAGUGAGCUCAAGGAAAGAAGGAUACUGAUCAAAACAGAAUAUGAUGAAAAAGAAAACAAUUUGUUGAUUGAAUAUAAUGAGUUGGAUUCACAACUAAGUUUAUUGUUGAGACAGAAUUUUACAAAAGAAAUCGAAAAAGUAGCAAAAACUGCCGAAGAAUUGUUUUCUAAAUACGAAUCAGCAUGUAAUAAAUACGCUGAAAUCAAGCGUGGUGAUUCAUAUUUAGAGCGACAAACCUUUGACGAAACAAAACUUUUCGAAGGCCGGAGAUUGUCAAAUUGCUUGAUGAAAUUAUGGGUCUCAACAAAAGAAUAUUCUAUGGAAAACGAGAAAAUUGCAGGAACUCAGAUAGGAUUGAUUGAUACAGAAGAGAUAUCAAAGAAGUUUGAGAAGUGGGUCGGUUCUAUCAAUGAUGCUUGCGACGGAUUAAAAGAAUUCCAGAUUCCAAGAAACAUCGCGAUUUUGGUCGAAUCAAAUGUGAAAGAAUUCAAAAGUUACAUUCCAAUUAUUAAUGCUUUGAGUUCUAUCUACUUGAGGAAUAGGCAUUGGACAAUGAUCAAUGACUUGUUUAAGUUGGAUCAUCCUUUAGAUCAAAGCGCAACUCUCUAUUAUUUGAUAGAUAUCAUUGUUUUGAACAAAGAAAAAGAAAUCAUGGAUAUUGUUAAAAUCGCAGAAAACGAAUAUAUUUUGGAAGAUUUCCUCGACGGAAUCAUCGCAUCUUUCUACGAUUGGACAUUUUCAAUCACGCUUUUCAACUGCUCCAAUUUCAUUAAGGAAGGAAUCUCCAGAUUACAAGAUCAAAUGAGAGACUUGAGAAAAGUGAAAAAAUCAAAUUUCAAAAAUCUUUUUUUGCAAAAAAUAGAAAAACAUGAGAAUUUUGUCACUCAAAUGCAAGAUUUUGUUACGUUAUUGAGAAAGAUAUACAAUCUAUAUCUAUACCAGAACGAUUUCAUGGAAGCUGAAGAUACAAUUUCCCAUCAAUAUUCGUUUUAUUUGACGUUUGGAGACAUCAAAUCAAAUUUAACUGAUUUGUUGUCAAAAUGCACUUGUUGUGUUUUAUCCAUAUCUAUGACAGAGAAAUUAGAAGUAAUAUAUGAUAAAAUUAGGGAACUCAAAGAAAAGAUUUAUCCCUAUUUGCAGAACAGAAGAAAAGAAUACUACAGAUUGCAAUAUUUAGCAAAUUCUGAGUUGUUUAAUUACAUUUCUUCAACGAAAAAUCCAGAAAGAUUUUCAGAACAAGUUAAAUCAUUGUUCCCUUCUCUGGAUGGAAUGAUCAUAGAGAACAACAAGAUCAUUGGCGUGAUAGGAAAGAACAGUGAGCAACUGAGGCUUAAUCCAAUAGAAUACGACAUCAAAGACGUCCCUCUUUUGUUGAAAACAAUUGAAAUGAAAAUUGAAGAAAAAUUGACAAAAACAGUUAUUGAUAUUGCAGACAAAUCUGAGAAAUAUUUCUUGGACAGAGUUCCCGCUUUAACAUACCAAGAGAUGUUUGUUAUUUUGAACUUGAAAUUCACAAAAUUUGUCAAAAACAUUACUUCAGAAAAAGAAUUCAGCAUUGCUGUUGAUAGAAUCAACAAUUUGAAGAAAUCGAUAUCAUUUUCAUGUGCAAAUCAGAUAACAAUCAACUCGUUGGACUCUUUGUUUGAUUACUUCGAAUUGCUUUUGAACCAAAUUGCCCAGCUAAACUCAUGGAACUUCAAAUUAAAUGAAAGAGCAGCAAGUAGAAAGAAAAUCACAAUGUCCACUUUCGUUGAAACUAAUUUGUUAAAACCAGUUGCUUCUCAGUCAUCUCUUUCUUCUAUUCUAAGUAGACCUCCUUCAGACAUGAGUGAAGAAGCCAAUAAAGUAAUGGAAUCGCCAACAACAAAUUGGUCGCAAAUAAUAGAAGCAUUCAACAAUCCAAGCGAAAGAAAAUCAAAUGAUGAUUUGUUACCAGAAAAUUCAUUGACUAAGUCACAAGAAAUUUUAACUCAAAGUCAAUUAAAUGUUCAACCAAAAUUAAACAAAACAAUGGAAGUAAAGCAAACUCCACGAGGAGUUGCUUCACAGAAGUCAAUGAUCACUUUCCAGCAUUUAACGAGAAAAAAAGAAUCAACAAGCCAAAGACUUGGAAUUCCUGCUGUUUCUUCUUCACUUUCCAUUCUUUCUAAUUCUUUGAAUCAAAUGUCUGACAACGAAAGCGAUGAUUCUUCUUUGUCUUCUUUCAAGAAUUUUUCAAUAAAGCCACAGAACUCCGCUUUCUUCAGACCUGGAGAAGAUAAAUUCCUUAACUUGCCGUAUUUCACGUCUUCCAUUGAUUUGCCUGAUUUUGCUCAGUUUGUUUUGGAUGAAAACAAAGUUUUUGUCAAAUUUAAAAACUACAAAAUUAAUUACGGCUUCGAAUUCAUUCCUAAUACCUUUAAGAUGGAUGACAUGCCCACAUUUGAUGAACUAUUAGGAUUCGUAGAAGCAGCAUCUUAUAACAACUGUUGUUGUAUAAUUCACGAUUCUUUAGUUUCAAACAAAUUUGUCAAUUUUGUGGCAAAAUUUUUAGGGAAAUUUGUUUUUUCUGUUCACUCAAGUUCUGAAUACUUCAGUGAAUCAAUAGAUAAUCUGCUUAAUUCCUUAGAUAUGGAGAAAGUCUGGAUUCAUCUUGAAGACUUUGACUUCCUAGAAAAUUCGAUUCAACUUUCGAUUUCUUACAAAUUGAAGAAUUUCAAUGGUUUAUUGAUUACAAGUGGUUUCUUUAUUUCCCAAGUAUUGUAUACUUUCAUGAGACCAGUGAUAAUUGAUGAAGAACUUUUCGAAUGGCAGUUUAACGUAAUAAUUGGUUCCAAUUACGAAGAAAACAAAAAACAAAUUUUGAACUAUUUCAAUAAAAAUGACACAAACUUGGUCGAAAUCAACAAUAGGUCAGAAAUAGAGAAGAAAUCAUUAACAGAAGAAGACAUAUUAUGGAUCCAUCAUGUUCCUUCUAUGUCUGAUUCUUCCAUUUAUGAAUUCGAAUUUCCUUAUUUGGAAAUUGAAAAUUGUUCGAGAAUUAAAAUUCCUUCGAAUACAAAAGUUGUCUUUGAAUCAUCAUCUGUUGACAAAGUUCCUGAAUUAUUAAGAGAUUACUGUAAUUUUAUAACUUACAGAUCGAUAAAUUCAGAUUUUUGGGAUUUGUACAACAUCUUUCCCCAAGAAAUCGUCAACUUUUUUAUUGGCCAAACAUAUAUUUAUUCAAAUUUGCAGACUCUGUCAUUUACAAAGUAUUUAAGUGCAUCUUUGACUUCUUACAAACCAGAAGAGAAACAAAGAAUUAUUAAUGCUCUGAAAAUUGAUUUCGAAAAGUUGGAAUUAAAUAAUGUUGUAAAUUGUUUCUUGCAAUCAAAGGAAUCAGUGAUAAUUUACGGAAGUACAAAGAUUAAGAUGCAAAUUUGGUUGUAUUCUUUCUUAUUUAAGUAUUGCGAUGAUUAUACAUUUGUUUUUGAUGAAGAACAAGCAACAGAAUCAAAUGUUUGUGUAAUAUUUAAUGAUGUUGACUUCAAAAAACUACAAAAACAUCAACAAUAUUUAAUUUUGUAUCCUGAUUACAAAGAUUUUGCAUUUGAACUGUCUUAUAGAUAUGUUUUCUGUCCAGGACAAUUAAUCAAAUCAAAUGAAAGACAAGAACUCCAAAAUUAUGAUGAUUUUAAACAGAAAAUUAAAGAAAAUAUGUCAUCAAUUUCUCUUAUAUCAAAUCAACAACAAAAUCCAAUAGAAAUUGAGAAUUCUUUUGUUUUGGAAAAUGAAAAUGAUAUUGAUUCCCUACAAAAAGGUUUUGAUGAGAAAAAGAAUGUUAUUAUUUUAAAUCAUCCGAAUACAAAAAUUCCUAAUCUUUUGAGUAUCAAAUAUCCAAAAGAAGGAGAUGAUAAAUUAUCUCAGAAACAGUACUUCCAAAGAUUAACUGAAUUCAGAUAUGUUUUUGUUACAUAUUUCAACAUUCCAACUUUCGAAUUUUACUCAAAAACAUUGUUUAAUGAAGCCCAAUUUGUUUAUGAUGAGAAGGAAAAGAAUCUCGAUGAUUUUGUCAUUGAUAAAUUUUCAUUUGCAACAGAACUUGCUUCUAAAAUAUAUUCAGUCAAGACGUAUAUCUCUGCUGUUGAUAGAAUCAAGAAAUAUGCUUUUGAUUUGUAUAAUUACUUUAAUCCUAUUUUGGAGAAAGAAAUUUCGAAAAUAGAAAAUUUCAUUAAAAAUUUGAUGAAAUUAAUUGAUUACGAAACAAAAUGCCAAAAUGAAAUAGAUGAAAGCAAAGCAGAUAUUGAGCAUUUGGAGACACAAAUCUCUCACUUUGAUGAGCUAAUAAAAGAAAGUGAAGAAGAAUUAUAUCAAAAAAGAGAAAUUUCAAAAAUUGAACACAACAAACUUGACAAAAACUAUGAUUAUUUGAAGGAAGAAUACGAUGAUAUCAAGAGAAAACAGGAUGUAAUUGUUCCUAAAAUACAAGAGAGUGUUGAUUUCAUAACUAAUCUAGAUAACAACUCUCUGCAAAUGUUUAAAGCAAUUAGAUCUCCAACUCCUUCAAUUUUACCACUUUUCCAGGCUUUUUGUGUUCUUUACGAUGUAAAUCCAAUUGUUACUGAAGUAGGUAGAAAUAAGAAUUUCGAUUAUUUCACUCCGAUGCAGAAAGUCAUUCAGAGUGCAAACUUUUCUAAUUCCAUGCCAAAUUUCGGUUUGAAUUUCAUAAAUCGAACGAAAUUGUACAAAAUUAAGAAGAUUUUAACAGAUGGAGGCGGUUUGUUGGAUCGAGCAAGCAAGGUAAAUAAAGAUUUCAGCAAUAUUGUGAACUGGUUCCACAUGAUUUUGGUUUUCAACGAAGAAUCAGAAAGUUUGAAACCUCUUUCAGAAAAAGAAAGAAUUUUCGGACAAAAAAUCAAAGAAAUCGAAAUAAUUUUCGAAAAUUUGGAGAAACAGAUACUUCUGGCUCAGUCUAAACAUGAUGAUUUAGUUAAUCUUAAGCAGAAGACAAUAGAAAGAAAAGAAAACCAAAUCAAAAACCUCGAAAUCAAAUUGCAAAGUUUCAAGAAAGUUCAAAAAUUGAAUAAAAGAGUCAAAACAGAACUUGAAAAAUUAAAUGAGAAAAAUAACGAACUAAAAAGUGACAAAGAAAGAUCAAUUGAAACAUCUUUUAUUAUCUCAUUGAUAUCUAUCGUUUUAAGUGCUAUGAAUGGGCAGAGGCAUUUGCAAUACCAUAAUUUCAUUCAGAGGAAUUUUGCAAAAAUCGAAAUUUCAGAAAAUUUGUUCGGAAAACACUUUUACUCGAAAAUCAAAGAUUUUGGAAUUUUAAAUGAUGAAAUUUUGACAGAAAAAGUGAUUUCUUUAUUGAAUCCGAUUAAGAAUCCUUUGAUCUAUGAUCCAAAUGGUUUCGGAUUUUAUUUAGUCAGAUAUUUAUUCCCAGAAAGUCAAAUUUUAUCAUCACGUUUUGACAAAUUUGACGAAUCCUCACCAGUUAUUUUGAUUUCGAACGAUCCAACUGAUAUUCUAUAUUUCAUCGACUCAAAGAAAAAGAGAUUCAUCUUCACAUCACUUGAAAUCGAACAGAUGCCAGAUAACAUUCAAAAUGCGACAAUUUUUAUCAAUUUUUCAAAUUUGAAUUUGAUGUCAAUUUUCAAUAAAUUAUUGAUAAAUGAAAAAACGAAAAUUGAUCAGCAAUACAUGGUUUCUCUUCAAGAAAAGAGAAAUGAAGAAGUAAAAUCACUGGAAAUGGUUUAUACUAACAUUGGAAAUACUUUUGAUGAAAACUCUUUCGUUAUGGAAAGAUGGAAAUCGUUAAGAGAUCAUUUCAAAGACAAAAGAAACAAAAUUGAAGAAAUUGACCAAAAAUUGACAUCUUUAACUGAAAAACUGACAAAAAUCGAAAAUGAAGAAAAAGAAAAUUCGACAUUAAUCAUGAAAAUGUACAAUGAUUUCAUUCCAUGGUUGAAUUACUCGAAUUAUUCUCCUGUUUUUCCGAUUUUCUUUUCGAUUUUGAAACAAAAAAUUGACAAAAAAUUUGACAUCAAUGAAAUUCAACAUGAGUUUAUUAAGCUUAUGUCAUUGUCCAUGGGCAAAUCAAUUGUUGCAUUUGAAGAUAAUUAUGAUAUCAAGUUUUCCGACAAAAUUAAAUUUAAUUUCAAAGAUUUUAAUUUGUCAGAAUUCAUUUUCGGUCAUUCCAAUGAUAUUCCAUUGCUAUUAGAAUGCAAUCCAAGAGAUGAUCCAACAAAUCUCCUUCUCAAUAUCAACAAUUCCAAAGUUCUCAAUCCUUUUGAUGAAAAAUAUGAUAAAAACAUAUUAAGAAACAGAGGAUUAGUAAUUGUCAGAUAUCCAGAAUUUUGUGAAUCAUCUCUUAAUAAGAUUUCAUCUUUUGUUUCACGUAUAUUGACCAAUCAUUCAUUCCCAUCUGAAUUUAGACUGGUUAUUUUAACAAGUUUAUCACAAAAUAGUCUUCCAUGUUCAUUGAAUACGCUAUGUUUUAAUGCAAUAUGGCCUCCUCCAUGUCCUCCUUCGGUAAUUUACGGAAAAUCAAGUUUGAUUUCAUUGGCAAGUCCUUUGUUAAUGACUUUCAGAGUUGUUAGUUUUUGUCGUUAUCUUCCUGAUAUUUUUGAUGAUGAACAAUUUGGAAAAGAAGAUGUUGAUAAAUUAUGGCUUCAGAAUGUAUCAGAUAAACUUUCAAUGAAAAGGUUACUUGAUUUGGAAGGUUUUGAAGGAAAGAACUUAAUAAUUUCGCCGAAAUAUUUCGAAGGCUCUUCUGAAGUCAAUACUAUAUACGGAGUAAAUUGUUUGUACGAUGAAGUUUCAGGAACGUUUGUUUUACAAAAAUCAAUUUUCCCAAGAUACAUCAAAAAACUUUUUGUUGCAGUGACAGAUCCAAACGACCCAAAUUUGAAUUGCCAGCUACUAAACAGUACAGAUAGAAGCUGUGUUGAUGUUGCUGUUGAAGGAUAUUCAGAUCUUGUUUUUAUAUAUGAAUAA